AUGAUCAAAAAACUAACUACAAAUGUCACAACAUCAACAAAUAAAAAGAGUGGCAAAAUCCUAGAAAAGUGUCUGCAAUGCGAGAGAAGCUUGAACAAGCACUGUUCUAGGAUUAUGCUGAAAGAGCUAGUCAGGCAAGAGCGACCUGUGAGAGCCCAAGAAAUCCAACCAACUUCAAAUCAAAAUAAACUCGAAAGUCAACAAAUAAGCUUCGAUGAAGCUUAUGUGCCAUUGAUUUACUUUACUUUUAUAAAAAGAUUUACUUCGACAUUUUUCUACUACUACAUUGAACUAUAUAACUAUGAAAGUCAUGAGAAUGGUGGAGGUCAAACGACAAAACGCAGUACAAUUUCCAAUGAAAAUAUUGAAGGUAAUAAGAACACGAAAAACAAUGACUUGGACAGUAAAUAAACAUAUCUACACGAUGUGAUUGUUUAAGGUUCACUCAUCGAAAACGCACACACACACGCACGCACGCACACAUACACACAUGUAUACGAGUGUUACGUACCAAAAGCUAAAUAAACUAAAAAAAAGCUAAACUUUCACUGAAAACAAACAGCGGAGCUUUUAAUAAGUUAAUCCUUUCUUUAUGUUAACCAGACUUACUUUAUUACUAAAGUGAUGUUAUGGUAAAUGAACAUGCGUAACAAACAACUCGUACAUAAAACUGCAGAGACGAUGCCACUUGUAAAAGUUCCUCUCCUAACGAAAACUUUUAUUCAGUAAUAUUUACAGUAACAAAAUUAUACAACAAAAAUAAAUGAUGAUGAUAAUAAAUAACUUGUUAUAUUUUGUUUUUUAAUGUUGUUUUUAAUAUAAUAAAAAAAGUUAAAGGAUAAGACAUAGUAAACCAAGCUGAAUUAUAAAUAUAUAAUAUAUAUAUACACAUAUAUGCAUUGUUUAUGUAUAAUUUAUAUAACAGCAUGCAUGCAGUGUCAACUUUUAUACUAAAGAUAAAUAAAGCAUCGACAUUAUAUAUAUAUAUAUAUAUAUAAUUAUUAAUUUUUAUAUACGCGUAAGCUUGUGCGUGAAUGUGUAAGAUUUGUAUGAAGAACUCGGUUACAUUCAAACUUACACACACCUUAUUACUAUCAUUAUAUAUACUAUUAUAUAAAUAUAUUAUAUAAAUGUACACAUAUGCGUUAACAAACAACACACGUCUGCAACAAGAUUGAAAUAAUAAAAUCAGCUAUAUGUUGAAAUUAUCAGAUUCAAACUAAUUAACACAACAACACUGACCAACUGAACCAUAAAACCAACCAACAUAAGAUAAUUAAAUAAUAUGAAAGAAUAUUGAUUGAAUGAUAAACAAAUGAUAAACAACAAUAUAAUACAAUAAUGAAUAAUUUGAGAAACAGUUACACAACCAAACCAUUGUAAGAACUUAUUGCUAAGCCACUACGAUGAAAGCUUGAACAUUCCCAACUUAUCAAAUUUUAAUUAUGAUUUUACACUAGUGUAAAGUAAAAAAGAGAUAAUAAUCCACUAAUUAAAUGUGCAACAAUCAGUACAGUUGAAAAAACACUAAAGUUAUCUGUUAAUGUAAAAUGAACAAAGCAAGCUUUAAUUAGUAUUAUGAUGAAUGAUGCUUCACUC